UUCCGUCAAACAAAAGAAGCAAAACGCUCCUAGAUGGUGGUGGAGGAAGAAAAUUUUCGUUUUAUAGGAAAAUACCUUGCCCGUGCAUACCGAAGUAAUUAGGUUUUAGUUUUGGAGCCAGCUCUCCCCUCCCACCUCUGUUUCUGUGUGCUCUUGAGUGUGUUGCCCAGAGCAAAGGGCCCAGAAGAGCGCACUGGGUCAGGCUGCGAGUUAACUCUCUUCCCCUUCCGGUAGCUGUGUGCUUGGUGAUGGUGGCAGGGAGGUGAGAAAGAAUUCGUGAACCACACUUCUUGCCAGCUGCACGCCGAGCCGAACGGAGACCCACCUCCGCCAGGCGGAAAAAAACUCCCCCAAAAACCUGUACAGACCGUAACAUUCCGAAGCCCUCCCUCCUUUCCCAUUCGGUGGCUUUACUGGCCUGUGCUAGGAUUGGGUUUGGUGGGAACGCAGGCGGGGACCACCCGACCCACCACCAGUAAGACACACGUUCGGUCGGCAUCCCCACCACCAACGCCGUCGUGGAUAGGCUACAUUCGCUUUGUCAUCGAUACAUUGGCCGGGCGUGUGAAUUGUUGAAGCGUUUCGCGAUGGAGCUGCAGCUGCAACGCAAACAGGGCACGGCCGCACAGCAGCGCGACAGCGGGAUGGCCGGAUCGAGCAGCGCGAGCAGCGGUGCUUCCAGCGGUGGUGGUGGUGGUGGCGGCGGUGCCAGCGCUGGCAAUGGUGCAAUCAGCAAAAACGACAGCUACGACAGCUCGCACAGCAGCAGCAACACGGAGGACACCACCGAGACGGACGAUCGCCGUAGGAAAAUGAUGAAGAACCGGGCCAGGAACAACAGACUGAUGCAGCAGCAGCAGCAGCAACAGCAACAACAGCAGCAGAACACAACGGACAGUGCGAAGGUGGCGGCUGGGAAAAAGUUGGCCGAGAACGAGCGCAUCACACUGGUCGUCGACAAUACGACCUUCUCCGUGAACGUGUCGAUGCUGACGGCCCAGCCUGAAACAAUGCUGGGCCGCAUGUUCAGCACCGGGUUCGAGUUUACCCACCCGAACGAGCGGGGCGAGUACGAGGUGGCCGAAGGCAUCUCGCGCACCGUCUUCCGGGCCAUCCUCGAGUACUACCUGUCCGGGGUGGUGCGCUGCCCGCCGACCGUGUCGGUGCAGGAGCUGCGGGAGGCGUGCGACUAUCUGCUCAUCCCGUUCAACGCCAACACGAUCCGGUGCCAGAACCUGCGCGGCCUGCUGCACGAGCUGUCCAAUGAGGGCGCGAGCAUCCAGUUCGAGGCGUUCCUGGAGCAGCUCAUCCUGCCGCUGAUGGUGGACGCUGCCCGGCAGGGGCAUCGGGAGUGUCACAUCGUCGUCCUAUCCGAGGACGACAUCAUCGACUGGGACGCGGAGUAUCCGCCGCAGAUGGGCGAGGAAGACUGCCAAACGGUCGCCAACACGGCCAUGUACCGGUUCUUCAAGUACAUCGAAAACCGGGACGUCGCCAAGCAGGUGCUGAAGGACCGGGGGCUGAAGAAGAUCCGGCUCGGCAUCGAGGGCUACCCGACGUACAAGGAGAAGAUCAAGCGGCGCCCGAGCGGCCGGAUGGAGGUGAUCUACAACUACCUGCAGCGGCCGUUCAUCCACAUGUCCUGGGAGAAGGAGGAGGCGAAGAGCCGCCACGUCGACUUCCAGUGCGUCAAGUCGAAAUCGGUCACCAACCUGGCGGAAGCGACCGCCGAUCCAGCGCUCGAGCUCGAUUCGGCCGGGAAUCCGCUUCCUCAGCGGCACUUUGAAAUAUCGCACGAACCAGACGCGGAACCGUUCAUGCGGCCGGACGCUCUGCUCGACGGCGAGGAAGGUGCCAUCGGUGGACUGCCGAACGGGGACGAGAACGGGCUGCUCGGCCCAGAGGAACCACAGUAGCGGGAAGGAAUCAGAACAGUCUCUGCCCUGCUCCCUGGCGAUACCCAUGCAAAACACAAACCAACCUCCCCCCGGAGCCGCCCCCGUACUCUUGAAGUACGUAAAAAGUAGCUUUUUUGCGCAGCAGCAUCUUCUCAUGCGUUGUAGGAAAUCCAUUUUCUUUUGACUGAUCGGAUUCCAGGGUGUGCGUGUGUGUGUGUGUUCGUGUGCGUCCCGCGUUCUGUUUUCUCCACUGAAUCGUAACCGCGUGUGUGUGUGUUCCGCCUAUGUGUUUUGCCUUAUUAUUACAACUCCCCCCCCCCCUCCUCUU